AUGUGGCAAGCUUCUUUCGGUUCGCGGUUCGGAACGGUUCGGGACCGGUCCGAACCAAAGUCGAACCGUUCGCCCAAUGGCAGAACCGAGAACCAUACUAUGGUCCGGUUCUGGCUGACACCUGGACCGUGGACCGAACCACAGGAGAACCGGACCAAAAGUCCAGUUCGAACCAUGAAUUCCGCAUUCAUCGCAACAGAAACGUUGAGCACGCUUGUCACUCGGUCUUGUUGGCCUCCAGGAAUUAAGACGGAUCACGAACCUGGGUACCACAAAUUAUUGCUUCUGUCCAAGCGCAUGGAAUAUCAUUGCGGACAAGUUGGGGAUCGACACCCAUACCUUCCCCACCUAACUGGGAUGCAACCUUCGCCACUUCGUACCAUAUGGCUACUGCUUCGUAUCACAUGGCUGUUGCUUCGUAUCAUAUUCAAGCUCCGUCUUCAUUCGCAUAAAUUCAGGGCCGACAUCACAUCUUCCUCGUGCCUGCCGCUCUGCACUUACGCUCGCACCCUCUAUUCGUCAUCUCGUGCCUCGGCUUCGGGUCCCUCGGUCUUCUUCAACUCGGACACAUUGGACGACAACAGUUCAGGCCACACUAUCAUGGCGGAUGAUACGAGCCCAUCUUCCAGUACUAUAUCGAUGUCAACGUUACCGAUCUCCAAGCAUAAUGGGAAAGGCAAGAGAAAGUACUCGGAGGCUGAGGCCAAGAGGGCGGAAGCUGAGGAGCAGAGGAAGGAGGCCAAGGAGCAGAGGAAGGAGGCCGAGGUGGAGAGGAAGGAGGCAGCGGCCGAGAGGGAGGUGGCAGCGGCCAACAGGGAGGCAGCAGUGGCCAACAGGAAGCAGGUCCAGGUCCUCGAUGAGAACGUGCAACACAAUCCAGCCUCAAACUUGAAGAGAAUAUUCAUACAUAUCGUGAUAAGAUCAGCUCUGAAAUUCUCAUUGCCAUCAGGACUCGAGCUGCGAUCCGACAACUGGACAGUUUUUCUUGCACGGGCAGAAAGGCGGUCGAAGAUAUACUUUGCAUCAUCGGCCUUAGUGCUAUCUAGCAUGAUGCUAUUCAUCGCAACAGACUGUAUCACACAGCACCCUUCAACAACCUCCAUUGCCUCCUACAUAGUGCUGAUUGUGACCGCCUUUUUGUCAUUUGGCUCACUCGUGUAUAGUAUUUGUACUAUCCCCAUCAUACAGGACGUUUCUUUGAUACAAAUCAAACAUUUUGUUUCAAACGAUUCACUCCACGCCGUACUCCCUCUACUGCUUUUGUCUCUCGGGAUCAUGUUGAACGUUAUUGCUAACUUUGCCUUCAUGGUCACACUUACGAUUAUAGUGUGGGAACAAAAUCUCCUCUGUGUCGAAGGAAACGUUCGCGACUUAGUAUUCAAAAGAUACAUCAAGAUGGAGACAGAGUCCAUAUACACUAUUGCCUGGCAAACCAUGGAGGAUAUUCAUCAGCAACCAAUGAGAACACGCCAGCAAGAGAUGUUAGAGACAUGGGAAGUCAAACAAGGAUCGGGUGGAGAAAGCUGGGCAAACAGGCCCAGUGAGGAGCGCCUGACAGCCAUUGACCUGCGCAUGACACCUCUACGCAGACUGAGGGUAAACACCGAGGAAAGACUCUUAGUUCGUCCAGUGCGAGCUCCACCUAUACAAACAUGGACAUACAAGCACCCGCCUGAGGCAGGCGCAUGUAGAACCAGAGCUGCCUCGGACCAACCUAUUCAAUUGCUUUGA